UGGUAGACAGCAAGGUGAUCCUGGAGGGUCUGCAGAGGAGGCAAACCAGGAUUUAAUGAGGAAUUCCAGCCUGCAGGCCCGCACUGAGUCCUUCUUCAUCCACCAGGCUCGCCACAUGCCCUCUGUCAAUGCUAGCUAUGGGCCGCUAUCGGUCCAACAGCCGGUCCCGCUGGAGAUGCUGCAAACACAGCCCGGGCCGUUCAACCAGCACACUUUCAUUUCACCAUCAGAGCCAACAUCGGCGUCACUGUCGCCGCUCUUUACGUUCAACUGGAAGGUUCACACUUAUAUCAUCAAUGAGAGGAUUCACCCCAGCUGGCCCAAGGUCCAAGUGUUAUUCUACAUAGCAGGGAGGGACUGGGAUGACUACAGCGCCAUCCAAAAGCUGCCCUGCAUCAGGAUGUUUGCCUUCCAUGAGACCCAAGAGGUACGGGGGACAUGUAGGCUGAAAGGUGAACUCGGGAUUUGCGUUGCGGAACUCGAGCCUCUUGCCAGCUGGUUCAGCCCACCCACUGUCAGGCCAGGUCGGCAGAGAGUGUCCGAGCAGGCCCAGGGCACCCCUGUGGAGCUCUAUUACAUGGUUCAAACCACUAACAGUGGGGACUGUAGUGCCGAAGACUCCAGGAAAGGCAGUGCGAUUCGCACGGAGCAGCACGGUCCGAUGGGCUACUCUGCUGGUCACACAGCCAUGCAACGCAUUGGGAGCGUCAGGCUCUUCCAGCCGUUAUCGGAGCUGAAGCUUGACGGUAACUUUUUGGUCAUGGUGCCCUCCAAACCCAUCCGUCAGAGAGAAACCGUCUCGGCUUUUCUGGCUCUGUCGACACUUUCCUCUGUGCAGAUCUUCACCCUCAGGUGAGCAAUUCUGACAAGCUGUGUCAAUUAAGCCUGUUUCAAGUCUGAUCCCUGAUCAAGUCGAGCUGCUCACUUUUGAACUGAAUCAUUCGUCCUGCAGUGCAUAGUCAAACCUCACUGCUGCUUUAUGGUUGUCAUGAGACUUUUUUCUUUUUUUUGAAGGCAUCACAAAAAAAGCUUCUUGUGUGAGGUGACAUAUGAUGAUGAAUGUGAUUGAACUAAAUGUUGGUCGAACCCCCCAAAUUGUUUGACGUUCGGGGCAUUUGGGUUUAGGGGCUCCACUGAGGUAAAAGUGGAUGAUAGCCAACUAAGACUAUGUUGGAGGGCGCCUGUGUCUCUUUCUUUGAGUUUUCAGUGCAGGUAGCUUCGUUUGUAGCCGGAAGCUUGUCUUCUUCUUUACUAGUUUUGACAGUUAACAGCAUUUUGAAACUCACACUCCUGACACCAACACACACACAACAGUAAGCGAAGCAGCAACAAGCCAAACGUAGUUUGUUUGCUUUGUGGAUGAUCAACUCGUCCAUUGUGAGGGAAAAAAAAAAAAACCCACAAUCAUAAAGGCUACGCCCAGCUUCACACUGCUUCCUGCAGACUCAUUUAAAAAGCAAAUGAUAAAUCACACAAUUAAAAAAUAGUUGAGCAGUAGGGGGAAAAACAAAUGCGCAUUUAGCCCAGCCUAGUGACAUUUGCAGCCUUCAAACUGUCAUCAGUGGGUGAAAUUGUGUGGUUGCAACUCAUUUCCGAGAGAAGAAGAAUCACUGAUGCUAUGAAUGAUUUUGUUCUGACUCAUGUAAAAUGACUCAGGAGAGAAAUUUAGAGUAACUAAGUGACAAAAUGUGAUGACGUCAUAUAAAUUUAAUCAUUAAAAAUAAUCGUCAGAAACUAACUGUCAAAAUAUGAUUGAUGACUUGACACAUCA